UUUACAAUCAAUUCUAAGACAGAAGGUAAGGGUUAAAAAAUAAAAGAAUGGGCUGGUAGGAGAAAAGUUGGGGAUGUGUUAAGAUGGACCAUGGUUGAUGGGCUGCUGUCCACCUUCUUCGGAUUUUUCCCCUCCCCCCUUGCAGAGUUUCCUUUAUGACAGUCUCAGAGACCCAAGUUCUAGGGCUCUGUGAUGCAGGGCUAGAACUCUGCUUAGGGAGGACAUUCUUAUACUAGUGUCGCUGAGCUUCAGAGCAGAAGGAUGCCUGCAACCUUCUUCUGACCAGUGUCACGAUGACUUCGGAUGCCCUUGAGAUGUUGUUGAAAGAUAUCCUGGCUACUGCGGUAGCCGGCUCAGUAGUCUACACCUUGUGUAGCAUCUUGCUCCUCCUCAUGCUCCUCCGUCACUUCCCAAUGUCUCAAUUUUUCUUCCCCUUCAGGAGGAACAAUCGUUUUAAUGAGCGGCUGAGACCGGGAAACAGAGAAUCAGCUAGAGGUUGGAGAUUUUACCAGGACGAAACUGACAGUCCCAGAGAGCUGCCAUCAAUCCUGAGAAGCCACAAGGCCAAGUUCUCUGAGAAGGCUAGCGUCCGACAGAUGCUCUGCACAGACCCCGGCUGUGAAGUGUGCAAUUCUGUGGCCAUGGAGGCCGACCUGCUGUUCCAAUCCUCUCUGCCGGAGCUGGCCUCCUGGGUCCUGCCGCCAGACCUGUCUCUGAGCCUGCCUUCUAGCCUUUCCCUGGUCCCAGGUCCCUCCCAGAGCGCGCUGGCACCGCGCACGUCCUCGCUGAGUCCCUCUUCUUCAGGGACUGCCCAAAUCUUACCGAGUCACAGUCUUUCUGUGACCCCCAUCCAUCCGUCUUGCCAGGCCAAAACCCCCAUCAGGGUCCAAAGCUACUCCCAGUCCAGCACCACUUCUAGGACCCAUAUUUCGGUACUGGCUCAUACCUCCACCGUGGUCCGCACUUCCUUGAUGACCAGCACUUCGGUGGAAACUAUCCCUUCGGAGGUCUUGGACACCCCCUUAGCUUCUACUCUCUCUGAGGCCCUCACGUCCUCUCUGCAGCCAGAUCUCUCGCUGGCUCCGUCUGUGAGCCAUGCUACCUCGAUGGUCCAAAUCCCCGCGAAGAAUCUCAGCAUCUCCAAGGCGCCUACUCCUCUGAACGCCGCUCUUCCCACCGAAUCGGAUAGCAAAUGCAUAACUCACACCUCCAUACGCGAUCCCCAGGCCGUCGCCGCGACCUCUUCUUCAGCUCCCUCCCCUGCUGUGUCUCCUCCCACUGUGGUGUCUCCCCCCAUCCCUGUGGCUCCCCCUCCUCCUGUGGCUCCCCCUCCUCCUGUGGCUCCUCCAACUUCUAAUGCUGCCCUCCCUCCGGGGGCUCUCACGCCUGUUAAUCCCAUCCUUCCGGUGGCUCAGAUUCCUUCCAUCAUUUCCACCCCUCUAGUGAUUUCCACUCCGACGGUGGCUCCCACCUCUCCUGGGACUCUCAUUCCUCCGGUUGUACCCAACCCUUCUUUAAUUUCCAAUCUGGCGUUUGCUCCGGCCCCUCCGGCUCCUCCGGUGGCUCCCAGCCCCUUCGUGGCUCCCAGCCCUUACUUUGCUCCCAUGCCUUCUGUGGCUCCCGCCCCUUCCUUUGGUGCGGGCUCCUUUUAUGCUCCUAGCCCCUUUUUUGCUCCGGCUCCUUCCUUUGCUCCAGCUCCUUCCUUUGCUCCGACUCCUUCCUUUGCUCCAGCACCUUCCUUUGCUCCCACCCUUCCUGUUGCUUCCAUGGCCUCCCUGCCUAGCACUUCAUCAUUGGACCGCUCCUAUUUACUCGACCCUGCAUAUCUGCAGGCACACCCCCAACUCUGCCACCCUCCGUUUGUGGCCCCUACCACCUCGCUGAACACAGACUACUCAAAAACUGGCUCCACUUCUGUGGAUUCUACUCCGUUGGCCCCCACGCCUCCGCUGGCGUCCACCCCCUCACACUCUCCUUCGGGGGCUCCCGUUUUCUCCAAGUAUCCGGGCUCUUCUACACCUCCUCCCCUUUCAGGAGGCCCCUUAAAAGCUUCCGUCCCAUCAACGAAACCUGCCAAGUCCUCGAGAUUCCACGCCGCCUCGGCAGCACCCAAGGCUUCUGUGGCCCACACUUCGGCUAAGGCCCAAACAUUUGCAGACACCCUGACCUCUUCUAAGGUCCACAGUUCCUCAGUGGUCCACGCGCCGUCCGUGGUCUGUCCCACCACAGUCACUCAUGCUGGAUCUCUUAGCCAUACCCUGUCCCAGGCUCUUCCACCUUCAGGGAUCUCUACCUCCUCCACCGUCUGCACUCCUGCUAGGGUCCAUACUCCCCUUGUAGCCUGUGCCUCCUCUUCAAGGCCCUCCACUCCUGUGCCCCCCAGCACCUCACAGGACUCCUCUAAUGCAGAAGAGAAAUCCCACUCCCACAUUGUUCGAUCUUCACUGUUCAGUAAUCUCUCUGGAGCCCACGCUCGUUCCACAAUGCAAAGUCCUCUAGCAGCCAACGCUAAACUACAGGAAGAGGAAGCGGUCUGUUCAGAAGUCCUUAGACUUUCACUGACCCCUCUGGUCCCGUUAGUCCGCACUCCUUCCAAGGCCCAUGCCCAAGCCGCAACUCCCACACCAAUCCUUGAGUCCACCUCGCCGCCUGACACUCCUACAAUAAAUAGGAAACUCUUACUGGACCACAUGCAUGGCAAGGAUCCUAGCAUGUUCCUGAGACCCAUCUCUUUGAUAGACCGUCCGCCUGCCCAGCAGUCUUCCUUGACUCCAAGGCUCCCAGAUCCGCCUUUAGCAUCAGCUACAGGCAAAGAACCAGACCUGCUGAGCACCAUUCCAAAAGUCUUGUCCCCAGAUGCUGCUCCCCUCUUGGCUUCAGCCUCAUUGACUUCUGACAUUGAUUCGUCCUAUCCAUCCUUUUCUGGCUCCCUCCAAUGGAAGAAUUCCCAAGGGUACUUAAUGCUUCCUUAUUUGUUACUCUGGAGUUCCCAGCUGGAGCCCCUUUCUCUUGAUCUAUCGGAACCCUAUCUUUGGGCACAAAAGGGAGAACAGAAGGGAACUCUGCCUAUUACUAUGAAAGAGGAAAAGUCACGUGAUGAGCCUUCAAAGAGUCAGGAGAAGAACUUGGUUCCUUUACGAUUGAAGCUUUCUGAUCAGGCUUUAGAUGCCAGAGUUCAGCAGCACCCAGAGACUAAUGAAGUCCCACUCCUCAGCCCAAGUGCCCAGGAGUUCCUGGAGAUGCAUAUCGCAGAAAAGAUAGCACUCCAUAUUUGGAAGGAAAAGGAAUUACUGAGACAGCCUAGGUCAGAUCUCCCAACAUGUUUCCAUCACAAGAAACUGAAGGAAUUGUCUUUAGUUCUAGAAGACACCGAGUCAUCUGUUAAUGAUCUGUGGACCCCAGAUCGCCCCUCUUGGAGUACCUGUAGGACAGACCAGUCCUUCUUGAGUUCUGAAGGGCCUCUUGUCAAUACCAUAAUGCCGGAGCAGAUCCACAGCCCUCGGCAGCUCCACAGCCCUGUAUCCCUGAUCCUAGCUCCCAACACCCUCCAUUUCCUGAACAGACUCUGUUCCAUACCUGGGUGGAAUUCCGAGAACACAGUGAGUCCUAAUCAACAGUGCAUUCAACUCUUCUGGGGUCUCCCCUCUCUGCAUAGUGAAUCUUUGGCAACAACCUACAUGGGGUCUAGUUCCUCAUCCUGGCUGGGGGCCACCAUCAAAUUGCCACCUAUGGACAAUCCCUUAGUUUUCUUCAAUGAUUUUUCCUACCUCCACCUACCUGAUUUGGCUAAUCAACCCACUCUGCCUUCUCCAACCCAACACUUAAAACUACUUCCAAUUUCGAAUCCACCCUCUUCCAGGCCCCUAUCUUCAUCUCCACCUCCAGUUCCACCAGUGACCUCACCCUUACCUCCAUCUCUUACCCCAUCCCUAUCCCCAUCAUCUCCGAUCAGGACCUUCAGAACUGAGCCGGAAGAGACCUCAGUAAAGAUCCCAAUGAUCUACCUGCCCAAGUUCCAGGCCUUGGAGUGGCAUUUGCUGCAGAAGCAGCUCCAGUCCUUAUGGGGUGUGCCCCAUGUCGUCCAGAGAUCUCAUGAAGCCUUCAAUCCUUUGCCGCUCCAGCUGCCCCGGGUCCAUAAGGCUUCUUGGUCCCAGGUGCAAGUUUCCAACUGGCCCCAGGAACUGUCUUUCUUGCCCAAAGAUGUCAAGAAACUACUGGAGACCCAUCUCCGAAGAAGACUCAUCCAGCACCACUGGGGCCUGGCCCAGAGGGUCAAAGACUCCAUUAAACACAUGAUGCCUCAGACUAUACUUCAGCAAGACCAGGAAAGACCCAGAGAACCUCGGCCUUCCACAUUCCAAGAUGUCAAACAUUCUGGCAAAAAGAAUACAGCAAGUCACUCGGCACCUGGUCUAGUUUUGGCACCCGCAAAAGUGCCAGAGAAAGGUCCAAAGGAGUGCCCAAAGAAAGACCUUAAGAAAAGCUCACCCCCAAGCCAGAAGGAGUUAUUGCAGAAGCAUCUUCUUGAGAAGAGUGUAGCAAUACAGAAGAAAGUGGUUCCUGAGAGUGUGAGCCGUUCCUGGGCCACUGCAAGACGUUGGUCUGUAUCCUUAGUCCCCACUCACCCAACACAUCGGCGGGGGCAAAUGAGACAGGUUGUUGCUCCAGCUCCAGCUCCAGCUCCAGCUCCAGUUCCAGUUCCAGCUCCAGUUCCAGUUCCAGUUCCAGUUCCAGCUCCAGUUCCACCUCCAGCUCCAGCUCCAGCUCCAGCUCCACCUCCAGCUUCACCUCCAGCUACAGAAGACACAGCAACUCAAACCCAGCCUCAGCUACAGCUAGGACCACAACCACCAUCUCAACCCCAGGCUCCUUCACCCACUGAAGAAGUGAUUUAUGAAGUGGAAACCUGUAGGGACAUUCCAUUCCUUAAUCCAGACACUAAGAAACUCCUUGAAUCCCACAUUCGCCAUAUGAACAUUCGGAUGAAGUGGGGUCUGCCCAAAAAGGUCCUUGAAUCUAUCUACCUGUUUAAACUAAGAAACCCCAAAGUUCAAAUUCCUUCUAUUGCAGGUACUCAAAGCUUGGGGCAUGAAGCUAAUUUACCAGAAAAAAACAUUCAGGAAAUCUGGGUAGGUGGAGUUGCCAGAGAGGCCUCAGCCCUUGUUUUAGAUAUUUUAGAGGCUGAGAAGGGCUCCUGGAAUGUUAGGAAGGAAUUGUGGGAGGCACCUCAGGCUGGGGGGGACUGGGAAGAGAAUACAUUUUCCCCAAGAUCUUGCUUAAUAGAUAGAGGUUCCAGACCAAAUAGGAGGAAUAUUUUAGAGUUGAGCAUGAAGCAUGCAGCUUUAGUUCCGAGACAGGAGAUGUAUAAUUUCAGGAAUCAACUUCAAAGACAGGGAACAGGGGAGCAAAAGGUAUUUCCCCUCAUCAAGGACAAGGAAGAGUAUAUAAAUGGGAAUCAAAAAAUUUCUGACUUCAAAAGUCCCUGUAUAUUUAAUAAGCCUAUCAGCUUUUCCAAGCUAAAUUUCCACCUGAAGAAGAGGAUGGUGGAGAAAGUUUUGGGAAUUCCCUUAAGGGUAAGGGAAUCUAGAGAAAUGGCCACAAAACAAGUCUCUCCCUCCCAUCCUCACACCAAAGACACGGUGAUAGCUGAAGACAUUGAAAGUUUUCAAAGGUUACAAUACGAGAGCAUGAGUAAUGAAGAGGCCCACAUGGCUGAAGGACAAACACUUGCACUUCGAACCCUGGAUCCGCAGGAUUUAAGCUGCUUUAUCUACAAAACACAAGUUACCAGUAAUGAAGAUUACAACCUGACAGUACUAGAUAAGAGCUACUCUGAAAACCGUACUUCAACUAUCCCUCUGGUCCAGCCCCACGUUCUUGGUUUCCAGGGCACUAAAAUCUCCCAGUCAUAUUCUCUGGAUCAAGUUGAUGAGAACAUGACAGGUGCUCAGGAGCCUGGUACUCUUAUGAAGUUGGAAGAAAAACGUGCAGGCUCGAAGGAGUUCCAGAAACUUCAGCCUCAGGCCACGGGCAAAAACAAGGCCAAGCUCUGGACACUGUCCCUGAAAAAAGGGAAUUUCAGUAAACUCCAAACAGACCAAGAAAUGGGGAAUGAAGUUCAAGAAAAGGCCUCUAAUUUACUGAAGAACCACACCUCUAAUAAUAAGUUGCCAUCUCGGGGUCCUCUAAGCCGAAUUUUUGGGUUCCCAAAGCAGGAUGGAGUAUUCCAGCGCAAAAUCUCUUUAGAAAUCAGCUUAAAGAUGAAGGGCUUCCUCAAAUGGCUUUGUCCUAAGAAGAAAAUCAAAGGGAUGGAGGAGCCUUUCCGUAAGACUGAGGAAGAGGUAGCUGGGAAGGAGACUACUACUGAGCAAAGGCCACCACCCCCAGUCAAGUCUCCCACCAAAGGAGCUACCCCUUUCAGCAAUGACGUUCCUUCAACUUCAGAUGGUAUGACAGUGGUUGGCCUGAUCUUAGAGAAGAAGAUGGGGUCAAUGGAUGGGACGUGUGCUUGGGAAGAGAAUCAGCCUCAAGAGAAGGAACACCAGAUACUGGAGACCCAGGUAGAACCUGGUGGCAGUAAAUUCAGGGAGGUCCGAGCAAUCUACCCUUCUAGGGUUCAGGAGGGCAACAGCAAGUUAGGCAGCCAUAGAAAGAGUUCUGAAGGACACCGGAGCCUGAGUUGGGAGAAGCCGACCCAGGACAGGGAGAAAAGAGUUAAAAAAAUUAAGAAAACAGUGAGAUUCAGGGAUCAGCACCUGCAACCAGAGAAAUUAGCUUCCAUCGCUAAUGAGGUGUCAGCUUCUUCAGGCAAGUUCCGAUACCACCACAGAGGGUCAAGGCUCUCCAGGACCUUGGGCCCCUCCCAGCAGCGUCCCAACCUGCCUACUGGGGGAUCCUACUCCUUUCAGAAGGGAUCCGCAGGCCCUUUUCCUCAAUAUGGAGUAUUCUGGCUCCCUCCAAGAGAAUCCAGUCUCCCAGGAGACAAUUUGUUCUCAUAACAGACAACACUAAGCUUUCCAAAGAGGAUGGUAACCAUUUGUGUUAAGGACAUUAUCCUCUCCAAAUACAUUCUAUUCUUUUAACAAUA